AUGGCUUCUCACGACUCUUACGACUCUUACCGCCCCUCGUCCACCUCCCCGCCCCGUCACUCGCACCACCACAAUUCCCACCACUCAAACCACUCGCAACCCCGCCCAGCACCCCCGCCCCCUCUCACCGCGGCCGCAAAGACUACAAUCAACAACCUCAAAACGACCUACAAGAAACGCGGCCACUUUGAUACCCUCCGGAAGGACAUCUACCAGAACUUUGCCGACUCUGAAGCGGGCAAGUCGUUCACCCUAAGGAUUGAGCAAACAACAACUACAGAGAUUGAGCGCGACCCAACACUGCUUGUGCGCGACAAGAGCUCGGCGGCGGAGCUGCUCGAGGGCUUUAUAGGGUUGGCCGAGGCCGAGAGGGAGGUGGAAAGGAUGCUGGCGGAGCGGAGGUGCGAGAUUGAAGACAAGGUCAGGGGUAUCAUGAGGGAGAAUGGGGUCGAGGAGAAGGAGAAGGAGCAGGAGCAGGAGAAGCCGGUGCCCCCACAGCACGAGAGAGAAAGGGAGACGCAAAGGCAAGACAGGCCUCAGGAGCACCAGGAGAGGGAGCAGGAGAUGGCAGAACCCGAUCAAACCCAUGACCAUGCUCAUUCGCAUGAGCAGGACGAGGAUGACAUGGAAAUGGACCUGGUGGACCUGGUACCCGUGCGUGAUGCCACUCCUCCUCCCCCGCCUCCGCCGCCUCCAAAGAGGGAGAGGGUGUCUAGGUUUGAUGACCCAAUUGGCCUGCAUCGCAGGAAGAUUAUUAUUACUGAGAACGGCACGGGGACUGGAACCGUGAGUUAA